ACAUAUCAUAGUGCAGCUAUUUUGACGCUGUUGCAAUCAGAGUAGUGUGUUCCGGGAAAGUGUCUAGAUCUUUAUUUAAUGUUGGGGCUGUGUGUCUCUCUCUGUCCUAGUAUUAGUGCCCAUUAGAGAAGAGGGGCUGCUGGAGAAGAUGCCGGCCGGAAUAAAGUCAUCACUGGACGGUUAAACACGCUGUGGUCUCUUGCUGUCCGGGUAAGUUUUAGGGUAUUACCUCCGCUCCGUCUUUGUUUCAUCCAGCCGGGCCUUGCCCUGAUGCCUGCUGUUGAUGUAAAUGGAGAGAACGUGUUGCCGAAGUCCAUCAAAAGUAAUUCGUAUUUUAAUAACGCCUUAAUUUUCGUCGGUUUUUGGAAUCUAAGUUAAACAAAAGAGGCUACUUAAAACCGAUACUGUUCACUAUUUAAUUCGGAAUCCAUUUUAAGUUUUUGAAAGAAACCAUCCAAGAAAGAUGUGACAUUUUCAGACUGAUGUGACCGUUUUAAUUGCAACAAAGUUAGGUUGCUAUAACGAGCAUUGUGGACCAAUGAGCCACUGAAGUUGGUAUUUUGUAAAAAUUAAGACCCUCAUUGGUUUGGAAAUAUGGCCGAAAUGAUGAAUAAUGAAUGCCAAGUACCAAAAGUGGAAAAGUGGCGUCGUAGGGCGUCUAACUUCGUGUUUUUAACGAGAAUCAUAAAAAUGUGUUAAAUUGUCAAUGGCGUCCGGCGUACAGGAUGGUUACCGGAGCUAAGCCGGGCCUAGCCAGCUGGCGUUAGCGGCGGCUAAGCUAAGCUAACUCACUCCACUACGGCAACCCUGACCUGUCAGCGACGGGGUGAAAAGUUAGCUGGGUGUCAGUAGGAUAAAUAUCCCCUGACCCACACAACCUGAUACGAUUAUCAUCAAUAAACUUGAAUAUGUAUUUGUAAAAGGUAAAACCUUAAUUGUCAUUAACCGCUGCCAUGUCCUCCAUCGUUAAUUAAAUUCACUCCACCGCCAGUUUCUCAGCUGGUAUCAGCGCUGUGACUGGAGCUAUAGAUUCAUGGGUUUUCUUUAACUUUCUGCCUGAUAUCUGAAAAUAAAGGUGAUAAAAAUGGUUGGACAAACUUGUCAAACUUUUACCUUGUUGGUUCUGUGUAACAAUCCAAUUCAUCUCCUCCAGUAUAGGGUGACUGUAUUUUUUAACAAGCAAAUAGGGAACCUAAACCUAUUUUCCUGCUGAAAUGACCCCAACACACACUUUGAUAUAAUGUAAUGUGUCUUAUAUAUGCAAUAAUGAUACUGAGCCCACAGAUUAAAGUAUUCUAAACCACUUGAAAUGUAUAAAUGGUGAGAACUCACACCAGUUAAAUGGAUAUAUAAGCCACUGUUCAGAAAUAAUUCAACACUGCAGAAUCUUUAUGACCGCAGGCAAGUCCUCUAUGUAUAAUGUAUAACGUGACUGAAAUUUCAUUUUGUGCACUUGAUUAGAUAAAACCGAGAGAGUGGUCCAUUUUUAUGACACUUCAACAUGAUUGGAAAUGUGAUUCAUUUCCGUCAAGCAUCACAGUCCAUGAAAUGGUGACAAGAGAGCGGAAUCGAGAUUUUGAUCAACUUCACGGGGAUUUGAAGGAGAGAGGAAGACUGCAGCUGAUCGCUCUGAGCAGGAGAAAAGUGUCUAUAAUUAGCACGUAUUUUCUAAAUUCAGAUCUAUCUCCUGAGUCGUGGAUUUUGGAGGACACAAACAUGGUUACAGUUUCUGCUUUGCUGUGAUUUUCUAAAAUUUUGUUACACGUCACAUCUCUGUCACAUGUAUGAACUCAUGGUACUUUUUGAUUUUUUAUCAGUGCACCUUUUCAACACCAUUGAAAGAGCCCCAGAAAUCAGUGUGAGCUGGUCUAUCUGAAGCUACACAGCAGGGCCUAUCAGUACAACAAGCUGGACUCUGCAACCUCAGAACUCCAAGACUGAUCAACACUAAAGGUCAACUGAUAUUAGUUAGACAAGGCCAAUACCAGUACUGAGGGAGCAGGUCAGCCAAAGCCGAUAACCAAUAAAUAAGGCUGAUGUCACAUUGUGGUUUAAAAUGAUAUUGCUGAACUUGAGUGAAUUUUUUUGUUAUUGUUUAAAUGUGAGCAGAAAAUAUUUGUAUUAAACACUAAUCAAUCUUAGAUUUAUGUUGUCAAAUACAUUUUUGAUUUGGAAAGAUGGAGGUGAUAUUGGCCUUGUGAAGGCAGAUGUCGAUAUGAUGCAAAUAAGCAGAUUACAUCAAAAUGCAACUGAUUGGCUCAAUUAAUCAGCUAACCAAUUAAUCUGUCUCUGCAUCUGAUUGUUUUCACGUCGUGCUGCAUAUUCGUUUGAAGUUCAUUAUUUGAAAAUCCGACAACCCUAAUCUUGAAUUAAAAUGCGCAUGAACUUUGACUCACAAUGUACCAAUUUUUACUUGUUGAAGCAGCAACAUCCCAAAACAGGCAUUGGCUUAUAGAUGGAAAAAUGAGUGUAAAGGUCCUUACACAUCGGGGCCGACACAAAUAUAGAACGUGAAAGGCGAAUUUUGACGCGCCUGACUAUACACAUCAAGCCCGAUGUGAUUUUGCAAAUUUCCGGGGGGAAAAAGACGCAUCCAGGGGAAGACUGGCUCACCUCUGAUUGGCUAGAAAAGCUAGAGACGUCAUCACACACUCAAGCCAAACGGUCAGCACUUAUAGCCAAUCAGAGGCGAUAAGAUAAGCACAUGGAACUAUGGUAACAACCGUUAGCUUACAUUAGCACAGAUGAAAGUUAAAACAAAGACGUUUAGCAAACUGUUAAACCACACAAAACAUUGUCAUAUCAGAGAACCGACGCUAUGACUCUCCACAAGUUGUCUUUCAGGUCGUUAUCUUUGUAAUGUUUGUGUCUUUUAUCAUAAAGCACACUGUUCUCCGACACAUAAGCAAUCAGCCGGUCGGCCAUGUUGGAUAUACCGGUAAAUCCGACGUUGUAACAACACGCAAUCUGAUUGGUCAGAAGUGGACACACAGUAUGCGAAACUUUAAAAAAUCGACCAUGAUCCGAAAAAAUAAACGCCGCUAUAUCACAGGACGGGAAAACGUUGCUGAUGUGAACGCUUGUAUUGACAGGAUACGGGUUCGAAAAAAAUAUUGAUGUACGAAAUAAUCGCACGACAAAAACGGUCCCGGUGUGUAAGGACCUUAGGCAUGGUGUGUUGUUCCAGAUGAAGCUCAUAAUUAAUAACAUCUCCAGAACAAAGACUGGACUUACUUGGCUGUGUUGUGCACUAUGAACGCUCUUCUCCACGUGUAGACUGUUAAGUAAAGACUUCCUCCCCAACAGAAGUUUUGUUAGCCAUAAACUCUGAUGUUGUUUUUGAAUCUGUUCUGUUUAUCUCUCAGCUGUUAUGGAGGAGCCACCAGGGAGCGUGGACGAUCUACAGCCUCAGGACCUUUCCACCUCCGGCCUCCCAGCAGUGAUCGACCUGACCAAGAGAGGAGAGGAAUGUGUCCUCAGCCCCGCCUCCCUCGAUGCCCUGCGGAGGGUCACAAGCUCUGGCUGGUACCAGACCUCAGGAACCAGCACCCCUGGAUUCUCAGAGGCUCGCCCCCCUGAUAUCUCGCUCCAACCCGGAGAUCAGAUCCAACCGGACAACGCCUUCUCCCACACUACAGUCACCCUGUCCUACGUGAGCAGGUCUCACGUCUUCUCCACCCACGAUCCCCUGUCCUUUAGCGUGCCGCCUAUCAGCAGGCUGUCCCUGCACCCCACUUGUGACUCAGAUAAAGGACUCAGGGAGACCAGCUUUGCACUGAACCAGCAUUAUGCGGAGCAGGCGGAGGGGCCGGUGGACCUUGCUGCUCAGACUCUUCUUCACUCUUUGUCCCAGGCUCAGAGCGUACCAGAGAGCGAUGGAGGGGUUUGUCUCACACAGGAGGGACAUGAGUUCAACUGUGGAGAUGUUCCCGGUGACGGAGACACGGAGAAACAUGUUGAAGAGGAGCAGGGAGGGUGGGGUUUGGAGAAUGGCCAGGGUGAUACUUGGUCAGGUUCAGGGGUCUGUACUGAAUCCUCCCCUGAGACACCCCCUCCUGCUGCAGUGGAGGGAGAGACGAGUGGAGAUUCCGAGGUGAUCUUCCUCUUCUCUAAGGAACAGGUCCCGGAUGUGGCCCAGGGCAGCGAAGGUGUUAGAGACCUGUGCUCACUAAGCAGGGAGUUUAUCAGUCCUCUGGAGGACCCGGUCUCUCCUUCUGAAGCCUCUCAGGAUGAUGUGGAGGAUGUGUUCGUCCUGCCUCAGGCUUCCAGCUCCCCGAGUGGAGACACCUCGUGUAUGGAGGUGACUGAGGAGGCGGCAUGGGACAGCCCGAGUACAGAGGGGGGCGUUCAGCCGGGGUCUGACUUGAACGAUAGUUCAAGGUUAGAUUCAAGUGCUGAAAAUAAUCAUGAACAGAACGCAGUGGUGGAGCCUCUGAUGGACCUUACAGAAGAUGAUUCAGAAAAUCAGCCACAGACUGUCGUUCCUCACAUCAACGGGAACACAAAAGCACUACGGAGGACUUCGAAAGAAAAGAAACUGCCGACACGCUCCGGCAGAGGGACGAGGUUAGAGUCCAUAGUGAUGAACAUUAAUUCAGGCAAGAAUAAAGUGUCAGGACGCAUUCGCUCAAAUAAGAAAACGGCCCAAUCAGAAGUGAGCGAUUUAAAGUUAUCAGGUCCUCAGAGGACAGACCACCUAUCAGCAGGACAGAGGAGGAGGAGGGCGAGUGUUUCAUCCACAGUUCAAACAAAAGAAAAAGCAGUCAGUCCAAGGAAGAGGGGUAAAACAAAUCCUCUCAACAGCUGCAAAGACUCUACCUCUGAUUCUGAAAUCCUCAAUAACUCUAAAAGGUCAGCUGUGCACAAAAACUCAAAGAAGGAGGCGGAGCUUCGUCCUCACUCGGAAUCUCCGCAAGAAAACCAUGUGGCGAGAUGUUCCCCUCAAAAACCUCCUCUGUCUCCAAAACCAGCGCCACCUCCGCCAUCAUCAACGCCAUCUCCAAAGAAACCCACAGGAAAAGCUACAGGUAAGAAAAAAUCCCCCACUACCAAGACCCCCCCUCAGAGAAAAAGGAGGAGGAAGAAGGUCAAACAGAGCCGCUCGUCCUCCAUGUUUGCCCCCAAAGAGCCUGAGAUCAAACUGAAGUAUGUCAACUACAAGGAGGAGAAGAGGGACCUGAGGUCAGACACUUUCUCGCCGUUUGUCCGUGUGAAGCGUCAGGAGUCUUCGUUGGCGCUCUGCUCAGUGAUAAAUUACCCUGAGGAGGUCAAACCGCAACACAGGAAGCAGCAGGCUCACACAACCGCCUUCAUCUCUGCAGCCGUGCCCAGCACUUCCUGUCUGCUGCUGGGCCGGGUGUCCAUGCAUGGUCAGCACCGGCGCUCCCUCGUCUGCUGCCUUUGUGGACACCCUGCCAACGCCAUGGACCUGGGCGACCUCCACGGACCCUACUACCCUGAGGGGUACCAGCUCAGUACCAAAACCACCGCCAGCAUCUCAGGCCUCAAAGAGGGAGAGGAUGACUUCAGCGACUCAGACUCUUCAUCCUGUAGCAUCAGGGGCAGAAGGAGAAAGUGUCCCUCCGCGCAGCAGCUCCUGAGGCCCGGGGCCCGCCUGAAGAGCCCUCGCUGGACUGGGAACAGUACCAGCAGCCCUGCAGCUAAACGGGCACGGACUGGUGCCGGCUCUGCAGACGUGGAGGACUGGUACAGCCCCCCUGUGCUGCCUGUAGAGCCCUGUGAGUACUGGCUCCAUGAGGACUGUGGGAUCUGGUCUGCAGGCGUGUUCCUGGUGCGGGGCAGAGUGUACGGGCUGGAGGAGGUGGUGAAGGCGGCUCAGGAGAUGGUGAGGCUCCACUCUGAGUUUGUCGUGAUGUGAUGACCGUGUGACAGGAAUGAACAGAUAAAUUAUAAAUGAUGUGUUUACUCACCUCAGGCCUCUAGGAGACAACAGAUAAACGUAGCUGUCAUCAAAUCAAAGCAUGAGUCAGCAGCAGGAGUGAUUAAUUCAAGUCUGUUACAAUAAGACAGUAAAUUACUGUUGCUGGUGGCAGCUCUGAGACACUCAUCAGUACAGUAUGACAGAUUUACACGGCAGCAGGUUUCUGUGAACGCUGCUCUUCUGCCUGUUACUACAAUGGUUAGACCAUUCAGAGCUCCAUCAAUAGAACGUCUUUGACCAGCUCACAGCAUGUCUCAAACUCCCAACUAAUAUAGACCAACUGUCAUCAUGUGAGCUAUAUAUAGGACUCAGGGUAACAUACCUACAAGCAUCAAACCUGCGUUUCUGGUACAAGGAAGCAACAUAAAUGCCAUUCGCAGUAGGGGUGGGAAUCACUUGCGGCCCAACGAUAUAAUAUUACCGUGAUAAGAUUUUAUCACAAUACCAGGGCCAUGAUACAAUAUUAUCACAAUACCAGGGCCACGACACGAUAUUAUCGCGAUACCAAGGCUACGAUAUGAUGUUAUCACGAUACUUGGGCCACAAUACGAUAUUAUCACAAUGCAAUAUUAUCACGAUACCAGGGCCACGAUACGAUAUUAUCGCGAUACCAGGGCUACGAUACGAUGUUAUCAUGAUACUUAGGCCACAAUACGAUAUUAUCACGAUACUUGGGCCACAAUAAGAUAUUAUUGCAAUUUUGCAAUACUUUGAGUAUUGUGAUACAAUAUAUUGCAACCUAUUUCUUUUUUUUAACUGUUUAGCUAAUUUAGCAUUUGUCUUUCCUUUAUAUUUGUCUUAUUUACACUGUAUUUUAUUUUCAUGUAGCACAUGUUGCAAACCUUAUAUUUUUUGCACUCACUUUCUUCUGCUCUAUGGUGUCACCUCUGCCAACCUCACUGAACUAACAGUUGAUUUUGUUUUUCCAUUAUCAUAGAUUUUACUUCAUAUGAACAUUUAAUUGAAAAAAUCAAUACUUGGUAAAUGAGACGAUGCGAUAUCACUAGACAAAUUUUUUUUUUUCUCCUACCCCUAAUUCUCAGGCAAGACUAGCUUUAUUUUUAAAAAAAGUUCUUUCUGUUUAACAAAAGAGCAGGCAGUUGAGGCAAGACCGUGGAGGGAAGUGCUGUAAGUAAACAAGUAAAACGGAACAGUUUCUGUCCUCACUCUAAAAGAUAAACUUUUAGAAACUAGUGAGAGGGCAGAUCGCUUUAUCCAAAACCCCAACCAAACAUACAGUUUCUCAAAUUUACCAGGAAACAAAACCUCAAGAACCAUAACAGCUUUCCAUGAAGUGAUUCCCUGAGAGUAGAUUAUCCAGGAAGAUGAAAUCUGAAACUCAGUCUAGACCACAGACCAUAAAAAAAACAGAUGUAUCCAUGGUGAAGUAACCCACCAGUUUGUGGAUUGUUGACCUGUAGUUUGAGUGUGGUGUUUUGGCUGAUGUCAUGUUUGUUCCAUGGCGCCAGAAAUGACCACAAAUGAACAAGGGGAAGUAACUGGAGGUUAGGAGACAUGACAUGAGCUUGGAUAAUUAGCCUGUACCUGAAACCAAUCAGUUAAUGAGCUCAAUAACCACCAUCCACCCCAAAUAAUAAGGGACUGUUCAUGUUGGUAGCCGACCAAAUUUCCUCAUUGGUCAUACUAAAGAAGCUCAGAGAGGUUGCAGAGAGCAGAAGGUGAUGUGUAAACUAAAGGAAGCCGUCUUUUAUCCAUAGAGUUCAGAAACAUGAUUCCAACGCACAUGCUAACAAGUGAGUCAUAAACACUGAACAUGCUAACAAGUCAGGUGUGGGCAAAACUGUACCAUACAGAUAAAUGAAUCUUCAAAUUUAAGUGGAAUAGCUGGCUGACAUGUUUAUUUCUGCUGCAAAGUUGGAGACUUCGACAUAGGGCUUUAUGGGGUAUGCCUUAUUUUGGGAGACAGCCUCUAGUGGACACUUCAGGAACUGCAGUUUCUGAUACCAAAGGGUCAGAUUCUCCCUUUAUGUAUUUACAGGAAGAUUUGUAUUCGCGUUUUGUCGACAUUAGAUAAAACAAUUAAAAAAAAGAAAAAAAAGAACUAAACUAAAAAUAUAGGCUUUCUUUGUUUGAUCUUUGACCUGCUGUGUUUCAGACGUGCUCAGCGUGUCAGGACUCCGGAGCCACACUGGGCUGCUUCUUCAAAGGGUGUCCCAACAAAUACCAUUACAGGUGCGCUCUGCAGUCAGGUACGUACAGCUCUCUGAACUCUCACUCACACCAAUACACACAAUAAAAGCAUGCACACUCCUUAAACUCUGAGCGUGCUCAUAGGUUGAGCUGUUUUUAGCUCUUCUUCUUGAGCUUGUUUCCUGCCCGGUGUGUUGUUCUGUAAAGAAGCCUUUUGUAACGUAUGGUUUGCAGUUCUCAUUUCCGCUGAGCCUAAAGCGGCUGGUGUGGGAGGUUGAACUCUCUGGAUGAAUCAGAGCCUCCUCACCUCCUGUUCUCCUCUUGUUUCUGCAGACUGUGUCCUCAUCGAAGAAAACUUCUCCAUGAAGUGUAAAAAGCACAAGGUGAGCGCUGCAAAAGCACCAGAGACUUGUAUGAGGUGGUUUAAAUGUUUUUAAUGUGGAUUUAACAUCGGCUGAAAUGGUUUCUCUGACUCCUCAUCCUGCCUCAGAACAAGACAUUCAAAGCUCCUGCAGGGACCCGCUGUGAGGACAGGUGACAGCAAUAACUGACACAUCAGGAGGUCAGUACUUUUAUCUGCUGAACUGAAUUUCAAACCAGGUUUAUUAUGUUUGAUAAACCAUAUUCAGGUACAUGCAACCAAGAUCUCAAAUGUUUGACCUCUAUUUAUUGGACAGCACAGUGAAAUAUAGGCUAAUCCAACAUACAAACGGGUGUUGAACAAAAGGCCUGUGGGACAAAAUCAGCAAAGACUUUUUCAGAAAACAAAGUGAUGAUAGAACUUUUGAAAAAUUUAACAUUAAAAGGUAGCCCUGUGCACUUACUCCAGUGCACCAAAAGUGACACUUAAAUGCCACUCUUAGGCUGAGAUAGCACCCUUAAGAUGGAAAGUGAGCGCAGCCAUCUGCUUACUAAAGAUAACAAAACAGCACCAAGAGUCCUGAACACUCCUCAACAGUGUUGCCAACUCCUCAGCAAGGAAAAGUCUCUAAACUCCAGAAAAAGUCCCUAGAUUUUUCGCUGUGAUGGUCUGCCCUGAUUUUCAGCAUAAACAAAUGUGUGUCUUUGUUUCUCGUCAUGCAGACAUCCAUCACAAUCCUGCAGGCACCCAUAAACCUUAACUCCAGGCUCUGCUCUGUUAGCGCCCGACACAGCAUGAGGAGAUCAACGACUGACUGCAGAGACACUCUGAUCCGGACAGGAGUGUACUGAGUUUGUGUUAUUACUUUAUUUAUACCAAUUUCCUUUUUCUUCAGGAUUAAAUGAACAACAAUCAAAGAUAUUUAAUUUUUUAAAGACUUUGUAAGUAUUUGAUUAUAUUUGCUUUAUUUAUUCCUGAAUUUUUUGGCUCUUAAGCAAAUGUCAAAGAGGUUUGAUUGUGUGUUUUUUAAGUUAUUGGUUAAAAUGUUCAAUGUUGAAAUAUGAAGCCAGUCAGCGAGAUUCUGGUUUUUAUUUAAAGACGGGGCGGAGAACGUGCUGGAAGGUUCAGAAAUGGCACUAGAAUAGAAGAAGGUACCAACAGACCAGGACUAGAGAUGAAACACAAGACGUGAUUUAGAUCAGAACUCAAGGGUGGAACAAAACGAUCAGAUUCACACCCACAGAAAGUGCACUCAGCUUAUGUUCAUCAAAAUAUCUUCAUGCUGACUGUUUUCCUCUGCUGCUACAGUCGGGGAAGAAAAGGUUUCUGUUGUGCUGAAGCUUUAGAAAGUGGAUCCUGAAUAUUUUGGGUAACAAACUAUUUCAAGUCAAUUCAACAUAUUUGAUUGCUCAUUUUCAGCCUUUGACAUAAGCUAAUGUCUGCUCUGAGCUACCUCCUCACCAAAACUACAGUUCUACACUACCCAGCUAACAUAACCGCACGACUGUAUUAACCAAUAUGUAUUUAAAGGUGCAAGCUGAUGCUAAAAUCAGAUCUAAAUUGUCACUAUCCAAGCAUUACGUAGCUAACGAUACAGUAUAUUAACUAGAUUUGAUAUUGGAGAUGACACAAAGUAACCUGAGAGAAAAAAAACUAGAGAUUUGGUGAUUAAAGUGGUCAAAUUCAGAGGAUGAAGUUGUAAAAUUAGAAGAAUUGAGUCGUUAUGUUCGGAGAAAAGCUGCCUGUACCCCUCCCCUCUCCAAAACUUGAACAUCUAAAAUAGAUUUAAAAAAUGCUCUUUAUUUUCCAUUAGUUAUUUAAGAAAGUAAAAUUUACUCAGAGACUUGAAUGUUGUAAAGAUUUCAACACAAUUAUCCCCAAAAUCAACGAUUCAAACUUAUGGAACAACAAUAAUUUGCCUGAUGUGACUCGGUCAUUAUUGUCUUUUCAGCAUCAUUAAACUCACAGCAGUACUUCUUUAUCUCCACCUGAUCACGGCGUCAGAGGAAACGCUCAGUCUUGACAAUAGGGCGAUGGGGAUCCUGAACAGUGUUUGAAUGUAUCCUCCCUGAGUGAAGGGGUUUUUCCAGGAAGCACUUUGGAGAGGUUUGGAUCAGGUGUGGUCCUCUGCAGUAUUACCUUCUUAUCCUCCUCCUCCUCCUCCUCCUCCUGUUUUCCUUUGAGGCUCUGAGGCUGAAAGGUCAGAGACUCAUUAAAUCAUUGAAACAUGCCCAUGUUGUGUUUGCGUGAGCAGCCCUUAAAUCAGCCAUUUUCUCAAUGGGAUUCAGUUUUGGUUUUUUUGAAGCCCUCCCAGAGGAGUUUAGUUUCCUCUCAGCUGCUGUUUACAUUCUCUUCUGUCAGAGCUGAAGUCAUGACUCGGUUAGAAAUGUUCACUUUGUGUUUACAUCAGUAAUGGCUCUGUAAGUGUCACUAACUCUUCAGCAGGAUGUUUACAGGUAUCUCUGCUCACAUCUUUGGUUUACAACAAAAUAACUUGGAAUAUAUUUGCCAUGGUAGUGUUGAGGCAUCUAUUAUUUCUUCACUGUUGGCCUAAAAAAUGAAUUGUCAUCAGCAAAACUCUCAGCAAAGCCUUAUCUUAACACUCAAGAGGUACACACAGCUCCUUUUUCCCUCUGUCUGUAAUGCAAAGACAUCCGUGGAUGAACAUCAGGCAGCUUCAUGCACUUUUCUGCUGCAGGCUUUUGAAGAUCCCUCAGCCCCGCAGGAUCACUCUGACUCUAUGGGACUCCUAAUCAGAUCAGUCUCAGGUGGAUCUGUUCAAUCAGGUGAUCAGGUCAGGGCUCUUCCUGUUUGUUUCAUAUGAUCAGUGUUGGUGUAGUGUCAUCGUUGCACCAGUAGGGGCAGCGGUGUGCUUAUAGAGAUCAGCCUGUGAGCUGUAUAGAGAAAAGCUUCAUGGUCACAGACAUCCACACAGAGGCAGCAGCAUUACAGACACACACACACUCUCUCUCUCUGAUGUGUUUAUUCUGGAAGACAUGAUCUGUUUAAUUUGUGCCAUCUCUCUCUCUCUCCUUUAUUGAGUUAAUGUUUCUUGCAGUGAGUUUAAUAAGCAGGUGUGUGAGUGCCUGAAACUUUGACUGCAAUGACUUGUCAGUUUUCAUCAUACCAAAUACAGCUUCAGUUUGUUUUUAAGAUGCUUUGGAUUUUGUAAUAUGUUGUCUGUGUGUGUAUCUCAGGGCUGAAUCUCAGAUUUUCUAAUGAUUUGAACUUUUUUGUGAUUUUUUUUUUUUUCCCCUCCUUUUUCUCAUUUGUUGUACUCGAUGAUUUGUGUAUCAGGAUGUUGUCGGGAUGUUCUGGUUCUCUCUGAUCAUCACAUUCCUCCUCCUCCUCCUCUUCUGUGUGACCGUCAGUGCUCUGCUGGUUUUUUCCUUUGAACUCUGACUGCCAACUCGUGUCACUUUUUCAUGCUCUUUUGAUUUUAUGGAAACUUUUUGUACCUUUGUCUCGGUCGCCUCUCUGAGCUUCAGAGGUCAUGUAACUGUCAAAAAUGAAUAUUUUGUUCAAUGUUGUGGUGUCAUGUUGGAAUUAUUUUUUAUCUUAUUUAUUUUGGGGUGGAGGUAUAAAAAUACUUACAUGAUGUUAUAAUCAUAAAAUUUAUAUUUGAGGCACAGUAUCCAUAGAUUGUUUCAUGGUUGAGCUAAAAUAAGACAUUCCCAGUAGUAUUUACUGGAAUGGUUUCUAAUGAGCUGAAAUCCUGUUUGGUUUCAAAGAGGAGAAUGGAGAAUAAUUCACUUUGUGUUUAUUUUAACUGUGCCUCUUAACCUUUAAAACUUUUUACUUUAGAGCAGCAGUUCUCAAGUCCAGUCCUCGAGGCCCACUGUUUUGCAUGUUUUGUAUGUUUCCCUGCUCCAACACACCUGAUUCAAAUGAUCAGCUCGUUAUCAAGCUCUGUAAUGGCUUGAUAACGAGCUGAUCAUUUGAAUCAGGUGUGUUGGAGCAGGGAAACAUCCAAAACAGGCAGGACAAUGGGCCUCGAGGACUGGAUUUGAGAACCACUGCUUUAGAGGAUGUGAAAGCCAUCUCAUCCACAUCCUCAACUGCAGCAGCUUCUCUCUGUGUAUCUGAGUUAAAGUCAGAAUCUUUAUCCAACAAAUGAUUGUUAAAAUCCCAAUGUGUUACUAAAUUUUUAAACUGUAAUCCUACAGUAGAAUUUGAUAAUCUAUUUAGGGAUUAGCAGUGAUGUCUGAUGGUGCUGUCUUCACUCACUGUGUUCAAUUACAGCUAAAUCCCAAACUUAGCCAAAUCAUGUUCUUGAACCUAAUUCUUUGAUAUGUUCAUCUACACAUCUUGUGGCUUUCGUAGUGAGAUGAGUCCUUACUGACAGGAAAAAGAGUCAAAGAAACAAAAGUGCCCACACUCAUUUCAACAAGAGUUCUCGAUUUAUUGACUUAUCUGAGUUUACAGGAAGACAGUUGUAUUGCAAAGACAGAACCGGGUACGAGUUCUAGUGCUGUGAUCAUCUACUCACCAAAACUCCACAGAGGUCAUGAACAAGGCUGUGAGACGUGAGAGGGACAGAGAGACACGGAGCUGCAGGACAACACCACACGACAGAGCUCAUUCGCAAC